UAACGUGAAAUGCUGCUAGUUCAUGGAGACAUGUGUGUAAUUGGUACGUGGUUGCACUAAAAAUGAAUGAACACACAAUUAGUGGGGAAGUUGGCGUAUUUUCGUAGCUCGCGGAAGACAGGAGCGGCUCUUGUCGCCAUGGCAACGUCCAUUGACGAACAACGCGGUGCGCAGUUGCGCUGAUCUGUAAAACAUGUCACCUUACUACACCAACCAUCAGUUGUAUCGAUCUCUGGCCACCAGAUCUGGAAACAGCUGAUAGAGCGACUUCAUUUAACGGAGGCAACAAAGGAGGAUUCACGUCUUUUCACCCAAACUAACAUAUUUCCCAGCCACAGAGCUCUGGUCCCUGUCACGAGUGGGGGUGGUCAUCGUCCCAUCCAGCUACUUACAGAUCUGCGGUGUCGGCGCAGGGCACAAGCAUCCAGCCCACCAACGUUUUUCGUCCUGCAAACGCUGCGUUUUGCUGCGUCUCCUGCCGCUGGAGUGGACACACGUUGGCAUUACCAUCAUGGUGCCCUCGGUGGAGGAGGUGUCUUCGUCUCUAGUGCGUGAAUAUCUGAGCAGAAAGGGUCUGAAAAGGACCAUUGCCUGUAUGGAUGAGGAACAUCCACGCACUCAGGCCAGUAUCAAUAACCGAUCACUGCUGAAGCAGCUGCUUAACAUUGAAGAUCUGUAUAGAAAAAAUAAGGUUCAGAAAUCGCCUCUGAAGACCUUAUUGGAAAUCAUUGUGAAGCAUCACAUCGAACGGUUGCGCCCUGAAAAGAUCCCCACAGGAGAGGCGGCAGAGAUCGCCGAAUCCACCGGCUCAACGUCCGAUUACCCUGGAGGAACACCGUCAGUGAUAGAUGAAACCAAAGGAGAUGAGAAUACACCAGAGUUUUGUGCCAGCAAACACGCGGAACGGAGGUCUGAGUUGAAAGAAACACGCAGCGAUCAGGUGACGGAUGUAUCACUGAUUUCUAGGAAGGACAGACCCGCAUCUUUGAAUCCCACAGAUUUCCUAAUUACCGACGCAGAUGAUCAAAAAGUCCAGUCGUGGAUAUCGUCUGAACAUGAGAACUUUUCCCAAAGAGAGGCGGAAAGAAACAGUUUAACCACGGGGGUCACUCAGAGAAGCAAAACCAGUCGUAUCCGACGAGGUAUGAUGGCUGGGCCGGUACCUCAGGAAUCUAACAGAAAGGGUCAGAGGGUCAAAGCUCCACAGCUGAUGCCCAGCAGGGAAGAGGAAAGCAUGGACUCCCAGGAUGGACUCGAGUUGCCUGUCAAAAACACGUCCAGCUGGGGAGAGGAAAAUCUAGAGUUCGUCUAUUCAACUGAGGAAACCCCGGAAGAAAAGAGCUAUAGAAGAAAAGGACGAAGAACGGCAAAAACAAUAAAAGUAAAGACCAGACCAAGUGCCCAUGAGCUGAACAUGUCAAUGAUGGUAUUAGAUGACAUCGAUGACAGCGAGGAUCUGCCAGAAGUCUCUUUUCAUAGAGCUGUGUCGAACUUUAACUUCGCAGGCUGUCCGAUGGACCAACACACCGCCGCGGAAUUGAAGACAGUUCUUCUGGGUUCCAGCCUGAGUUCUUUUAGCGCCGAAUGGAAGAAUCAGGGUUUUACAUUUUCAGACACGCACGACCUCAGAUACGGAAUUGUGCAGAAAAAGGGUGGUCCUUGUGGAGUUCUGGCGUCGAUUCAAGCAUUUUUUCUGAAGAAGCUUCUGUUUGAAUACACUGAUGGCAGCGAUUCUAUCCUUCAGAGGCUAAGACCGUCCAGCGACGACAGAAGACGGUGCCUUGUUUUAGCUCUGGCCGAGGUUUUGUGGAGGGCCGGGGAGGAAAAACAAGCCGUAGUUGCGAUAAAUUCGGGAAGAAGCCACUUCACCCCAAUUGGACACUACAGAUCGGAAAGAUUGCUUGAAAUGGUGACGUGUUUCUCCGUGGAUAACAUCAAAGAUCUGCAGGUCGUUCUGGAGCAGCAUAUCGAUCAGUACGAAACGGGGACGUUGGGCUGCAUUCUGCUGACCAUCUCAGCUGUUCUCUCUCGAUCUGUCGAAAAAGUGAGAGAGGAUAUGGACCUGAAUACAACCACGCUGAUAGGAGCUCAUGGCUACUGCACCCAGGAGUUGGUCAACCUGCUGCUCUGCGGCAGAGCGGUUUCUAACGUCUUUGAUAACGAUAUAGAGCUGGACUCGGGGAACGGCAACACGACUUUGCUCAAGGGAAUUAAGGAGCCCUGCCAAGUGGGCCUGCUGUCUUUGUUUGAACAUUAUAAUAUCUGUCAGGUGGGAGAUUGCCUGAAGUCUCCCUCCUACCCGGUCUGGGUGGUGUGCAGCGAAAGCCACUUCAGUGUGCUGUUUGGCCUGGAGAGGGAGCUGUUGGUCAGUCCGGACCAAGACCCGCAGUUUGACCUGUACUAUUACGAUGGGCUGGCCAAUCAGCAGGAGGAAAUCCGCCUCACUGUUUCUGUCGGCAAAUCGACUCAGACCUGCGAGGAAGUUGAUGCUGAUCUCAUUCCUCCACUGGAGCUCUGCAUCAGAACACGGUGGAAAGAUGCUUUAGUCGACUGGAAUGAGACCGAACCAAUUCUCUGAGCAGUCAAGUUAUUGUUAAUAUAUUAUGUAAAUAAUGCCUAUUUUUAUUGUAUUUACUUUAUAUUUUUAUUUUAACGUUAAAAUUGCCAUUACCUUUCUAAAAAAAACAAAAAAAAAAAAAAA